AUGAAAUAUUUAGGAGUAAUGAUUGAUUGUAGCUUAAUCUGGACUAAACAUUUAGAUUACAUCGCAAGUAAAAUAAGCAAAACAAUGAAUGCCAUGUUAAGUAUUGCUCACAAGGAGUGGGGUUUCAGUGGGAAAGCAAUUACAAUGCUAAAUAAAGCAUGCAUCGAACCAGCUAUUUUAUAUGGUGCUCCGUUUUGGGGCGAAAAAAUUGACAAUAUUAACUUCAAACGUAAGAUUCAAUCCAUACAACGACUGAUACUCAUCAGAAUGUGUAGAGCAUAUAGGACAACGUCCAACGCAGCAUUGCAAGUAUUAGCAGGGUGUACUCCAUUAUACCUGAAAGUUAAAAUGCUAACAUGGACAUGGACAUUCAACAAUAUACAGAUUACAAAAGAAGGCCUCAACAAUCUUACGAAGUAUGCGGAUAUCGGUUGCCUCCCUAAUCUGGAUUAUAAUUUUUUACAGACCUUUGUCAAUAAUGGAAUAAUCAAAGAGAAAUCUAAAUACGUUCACCCAACAAAUAACUACAAGGCUGACAUCACUGAUAUUAAUGCAGAACCAUACCCUACUAACUUUAUCUUUACGGAUGGUUCCAAAAACAACAGAAAUGUAGGAGCAUCUUUUAUUCAUUUUAAACAUGGCAAUGCAAACUUCAAACAUGAAGCCGGCUUUAAACUAGCCAGCUAUUGCUCUGUUCCUGAUGCCGAAUUGUACGCUAUAUUUCAAGCUAUCUCUUACAUUUACACAUUGAAAGACUACAAAGGACAUCUACGUAUAUGUACGGAUAGCCAAACCUCACUUCGUCGUAUCAACAGUGACUAUUUUGAUUGCGAUAUGAUAAAUAACAUCCGGAAUAAGUUGAAGAAUAUACACAACUAUAAAAUCAGCUUCGCUUGGGUUAAAGGCCGCAGCGGGGUGCAGGGAAAUGAAGAAGCAGAUAGACUAGCGAAAAGCAUGCUAAUGAGAAUAGUGAGAUCAUCUAUACUGCUCUUACCAAGAAGAACAUCAAGGAUCUGA